CAGAAGCCCAUCCCCUAGCGUCCGUCCCGGGAACGCACCCUUGUAUGCGCAUGGGCGGAGAGGCAGCGGCUGUGCGCUCUUAUUACUGUAAGAGUUAUUUCUUUUGACGAAAAUGGCGUCCAGUCAGGGAAGCGUGGGAGCUGUCACUAUACAGAACAAUCACAUCCCCAGCGGACCCCACUGGAGCACGGGCAUCAACCAGUACCAGCAGCAGCAGCAGCAGCAGCAGCACCACACGGCCCGCAGCCUGGAGCGGGCUCUGGAGGAUGCCGUGUGUUCGGGAAUACUAAACCUGAGUGGCAGAAAGCUGAGGGAGUAUCCUGGCACCAACUACGACCUGACCGACACCACACAAGCAGAUUUGUCCAAGAAUCGUCUCACAGAAAUUCCCCCGGAGCUGUGUCUUUUCGCCCCCCUUGAGUCUCUCAACCUCUACCACAACUGCAUCAAAUGCAUCCCAGAGGCUAUCAUCAAUCUCCAGAUGCUGACCUACCUUGACAUCAGUCGAAAUCUUCUGUCAGUUCUGCCCAAAUACCUGUUCAACCUUCCGCUGAAGGUUUUGCUCGUGAGCAACAACAAGCUGGUUUCCAUCCCGGAGGAGAUUGGCAGGUCUAAAGAGCUGAUGGAACUGGAUGUAAGCUGCAAUGAGAUCCAGAUCCUGCCCACUCAGGUGGGGAGGCUGCAAGCCUUACGAGAACUGAACAUCAGGAAGAAUUGUCUUCACAUGCUGCCUGAGGAGUUGGCCGACCUGCCCCUCAUCAGACUGGACUUCUCUUGCAAUAAGAUCACAGAGAUCCCUCCAGCUUACAGGAAGCUCAGUCAGCUGCAGACCAUCAUCCUAGACAACAAUCCUAUGCAGUCUCCACCAGCACAGAUUUGCCUAAAGGGAAAAGUUCACAUAUUCAAGUAUCUAAACAUCCAAGCCUGCAGGAUAGAAAAGAAGCCAGACUCUCUGGACCUCCCAACUCUUGGAAAACGUUGUCUCCCACAGCCCUUCCUGACAGACAGCAUGGAAGAUUUCUAUCCUAAUAAAAACCCCGGCCCGGACUCUGGAAUCGGCAGUGAUAAUGGUGACAAGAGGCUCUCUACCACAGAGCCUUCAGACGAUGACACUGUCAGCCUCCACUCACAGGUUUCAGAGAUAGCUCGUGCUGAUGCCCUAUCUCUUCUCUCCAAAAUGGACUCUUGCAAAGAUCAGGAUCUCUAUGACUUUAUAGAGCCCAACCCCGAUGAGGAUCCUGCUCUGUCAGAGUGCGACGGGCAGCAAGGCAGCCAUGUGGCUUGUAUAAAGGAGCUGGAAAAGGUUCUUAACAUGUCUCAGCAUUGCAAAGAUAAAGACAACUGGAAGGAAGAGUCAGGAUCUGAUAAGGAGCAUUUAGCUGACGAAGAUGAUGAUGAACUGAAAGAAGUGGUGGACCUCAGGAAGAUUGCUGUGCAGCUCUUGCAGCAGGAGCAGCAGAAUAGACGACGCUCCUUGAUUUGCAGAGCAGAGAGUCUUAUUCACAGGCGGAGGGUGACAGGUCGUGCACACAGAUUCUUGAGUCACUCUGGAAGCUCUAGCAGCAAACCCAAACUCCCACCCCAGACCGCUCGCAGUGCCUCUCUGGAUGAAGGAAGCAGUGGAGCGUCUCUGCUGAUUGGGCAGCCAUCCACAUCCUCUUCCUUUGAUGGCAGCUUGAAGACAAGUCAGUCAGAUUCAGAGCCAAAGUGGCCUGAAGUUCCACCUGUCUUUAAUCAGAAUGAAGAACGAAGGCGGAAUAAGUAUCUGAGGAAAGAUUAUCUGAAGUACAACUGUCAAAGUUCUCGUAAAAACUCAGACGGGAAUGAUGAAAGCGAGGAGGGUUUGCGCAAUUCUGAUGUCAGCCCUACACUAUCAGUGUUCGGGUUAAAGCCAAGGUCAGCUUUCACCAGAGGAAACCGUCAGGAGUACAGCUCAACAGACCCCAGCUUCACCAUAAGGAGGAAGAUGGAACACCUGAGGGAAGAAAUGGAGCAGAUAGGCCUCUUACGGCAGAACAUUGAAUCCAGACUGAAGGUGUUGCUUCCAGACGAUGUUGGAGCUGCUCUGAUGGAUGGAGUGGUCCUUUGCCAUUUGGCCAACCAUAUUUCUCCUCGCUCUGUGUGCAGCAUUCACGUACCAUCACCUGCUGUGCCAAAGUUAAGCAUGGCGAAAUGCAGGCGGAACGUUGAGAACUUCUUGGAUGCUUGUAAGAGGCUUGGUGUCCCUCAGGACAAGCUGUGUCUGCCGCAUCACAUCCUAGAAGAGCGCGGUCUGGUGAAGGUGGGCGUGACCAUUCAGGCUCUACUGGACCUGCCGAUGUCAAAGUCCCCACAUCUGUCCUCUGUUUGACACAAGUCGUAAUGAAUGUUUUAGCCAAGCAUAAGCCCAGACUUACAUCGCAUUUCCAGGGACCAGAGAACUCCACAGGGGGCGAGGACCCAAUGAGAGUCUGCUUCUGCCUGACCGAAAAAGGAGAAAAGGAAAAUGUCUUCUUUCAUGACGUCAGCAAGUAUCCAGUUCGUGACCAUCAUCUUUUCGUAAUGAGGGUUGUACUGCUCACUUUUCACGUACGUUUGCAGAGCCCUAAGGACAAAAGUCUUAUGAAGGUGGCAGAAUGUUCUACACAUGAGGGAUUAUUCUUUAAAUGCAGCACUGACGGCAUGCCUGUGCUAGUAUUGCACGCAAUGGAGGAAAUAUGAUGACAGACUAUUCAAUUUAUUAUUGAAGUAAACUCUGCUGUCCUGCAGCGAUGUUCUGCUCUCUUAUUAUUUUUCUGUUUGCACAAAUCAGAAGAAGUUGGCGAAGUUCAAAAACCCUCUGGGACUGACUUUAAUAAAAGAUAUUUCAUGUUUUGUCAAAA